UCAUUCCAGAAAUGUUCUUCUGAAUGCUUAGAGAGGUACAAUGUGGGAGAGGGCAGUGUGCCCCACACAGGAGUCACUUGUGGUUUGCUUGAGAGACCAAGAUCAGGACCCUGAGGAGGGCUCAGCCAUGUGCCAGCUGCAUGGUGAGGUGACUCUGCUCCUCUCUGAGCCUCCUCUAGGGCCGGCAUGGCUGACACCAGAUGGCAACAGCUGCCUUCUGGAUGGCCGUGAGGAGGAGUCAAAAGUGUUUUGAGCAUACAGUAGGUGCUCAUUAAAUGUUUAUUUUCAUUUCCACUGUGUCUGGCCUCAUCCUGAGGGAAGGAGGAGGAUGUGGACUAACCUGGUGCUCUAUUGCUUCAGCCCCGCUUUACCAGGCUCCCACACACAUGUGCUCUUGGGUGCACCCAGGGAAGAAGCAAAAUUGCCCAGCCCUUGUAGCCUUCUGUUUUCCUUCAUGGAUAUCUACUAUGGAAACUAAAAGUGCUGAAUAUAGGAAGGAAAAACUUGGAGCCUGGGCCACACUAUUAAAGGCAGACCUGCUGUGAUUCAUUCCCUUCCCUCAGGGAGCACUGAAGGCCUCCUACUGCACGCGGGACCACAGUGGGCGUCAAGAGCGCCAGGAGAUAGGCCUGAUGCCAGGAGUCAGGCAGCUCUGGGAAUUCUGAGAAAUGAGAGGGCCUUUCCUAAUAGCCUAGAGAUGAAGUCCCCGAGCAAAUACCUCAGAGAUGGACUCUGAGCCGGGCCUGGGCAGGCACAGAGUGGCUGCCAGUUCCCAGGGUGCUCAGCUCAGCACAGUGCAUCCUUGUUCUUGUCUCCAGCGAGGCUUCUGGACUGACACAAGGACCAGGACCAGAAUGCCAGUCCCCAAGAAGUGCCUGCCCCCUGCCUUGCCUUUGGUUAUCCCCUCCCCCUUUUGCAUGAAGUAGCCACUGAGGUGACAAGGUGUCCGCUCCUGUCCCAACUGGGAGCCUCACAGGGGCUUCUGUUUGGAAAGAACUCUGGAGCCUCCUUCUUUGUCUCAAGGGAGGCUGUGAGCCACAGAGAGCAGGAAAUGCCUUCUUUUGGCCUGUUUUACAGAUAAGGAAACUGAGGUCCAGGAUGGCUAUUCUUGGCCAUAACUGCACAGCUGAAUAGCUUCCAGAAGAGAUCAGAACCCCUGCUCUGGGCCCUGUGGUGAUGGAAGAGGAGGGGUGGGCAGCACUUCCUGGGUGAGGUAAGGAUGAGACAGCCCCAGGCUAGUCAGAGGUCAGUUGUGAGCUGUGUCCUUCACUGAGGGAAGUAGGCCCAGAGAGGGCUCUGACUCGCCCAAGGCCACACAGCCUUGAAUGGGCCUCACCACCCACACAGCAGAGGGUCAUCCUCAGCCUGGCUGGCAGUGAGCAGCAGGACGGGUCUCCACGAAGGAGAGGGGAAGGCUUUGCUCAUGAGACCUCCCCCUCUAACCCAGCUCUUGGCAAGGCCUGUGGAGCAGAACCAGGAGAGUGGAGAGGGGGCGUGGGAUACUUUGGGGGUGACUUGAGGAAGUCCAGCAUGGAUGGAAAGGUACCUUGGGGGUUGCAGAAGAACCUCAGGACUCCCUGAGGUGCUCCAGGCACAGAGGGAGGAGCAAAGCCUUCCACCUUCCCCCUCCUCACAGAGUCUAGGGCGGGCCAGGCACCCGGGAGGAGGCGGUGUCCCUGGCUCUGGGCCCAAGGUGCAGCCUGAGGGCGGGGUGGACCAGCAGGGGCGGGGCACAGUGCCUGGUGUUAUAAGAGGCAGCUAGGGCACAGAGGCAAUGAGCUACCAGCUCAGCUUAGCAGCAGGACGCUGGCAACAGGCGCUCCCUGCUCCAGUCCAGCACCUCACUCUGCCGCUGCUAUGGUCUCCAUGCUCGCAGCCUGGUGCUCCAUCGCUUUAGCUCUGCUCGUGGUCCUGCAUGAAGGGAAGGGCCAGGCUACCUCUACUCUGAAGCCACUGGGGCUCUCACCCAGGGCCCAAGGCACCCACCUGAGGCUUCGCCGUUGCUCCUGCAGCUCCUGGCUUGACAAAGAGUGCAUCUACUUCUGCCACCUGGACAUCAUCUGGGUGAACACUCCGGGACAGACAGCUCCUUACGGCCUGGGAAACCCGCCAAGACGCCGGCGCCGCUCCCUGCCAAAGCGCUGUGAGUGCUCCAGCUCCAGGGACCCUGUCUGCUCCACCUUCUGCCAUCGAAGACCCUGGGCUGAAGCUGUGACAGUCCCAAUCAAUCAACCCCUCUCACACGUGUUCCAGACUGGCAAGACAUGGGCCACAGAAGGAGCGCUCCUCCAGAGGUUGAGUAUUUCUGAAGAUGGUAGAGUUGGGGGUGCCAGCCAGGACUUCAAGCAAAGUGAAAAUGUUGGAACCCUCAUAAAGAAGCACUGCCAUCUCAGCACACAAGAGAUCUGCCAGGAAAGAGACAUCCCUUCACACCCAGGUAAGGCAACCACUUGGACCAGAACACAUGCUGUCUCCAUGGCAGCCACACAGGCAGGAAUGCAGUGCCGAGUGUGGCCCAGGCUAGGCACCAUCAAGCCUUAGCAGUCAAAGUACAGGAAACCUCAAAGAAGAACAAAGACAAGACACCAGCUGCUCUGAGAAGAGUGACCUCACUCUAUCCACUCCCCAAAUCCCUCAGAGCGAUAAUCCCUCCCCUUCCCUUCAAAUUCUUUGUUCUCUGCCUGCUCUAGGCUGACUCCCUUUCGAACUCAGCCCUCUUGCUGGCUGGGCAUUCAAGUAUUAAAUAAACAAGCCUUGUUGCUCACACAAUGCCUGACCAGAAUAUUCUCUUUCUCCCCCUCUCUCUCUCUCUCUCUCUUUCUCUCUCUCCCUCUCAUACCUUUAGUGCUGAAACCUGGAAUAGGGUGACUUUCCCUACAGGGCUUUCAAAACCCUAUCUUGAGCCUUUUGUCUUGAAGAGACCAUUGGGUCCUCCGACUGUGCCUGGGCCAUAUUCCAGACAGCCUCACUGACCACUUCAGAUUGAGUAAGACUUUCCCUUC